AAGAAGCGUUGCAGUGUUUUAAUAGUGAAGAAGUUUUUCGUGUUUCUUAGGUUUAAAAAUGAUUACAUUUACAGAAGACGUGAACAAGUUGUUCAAUGAAGUCCUACAGGAGAUUUCUAAUAACAUCCGUGAAAUGAUGGAGGAGCUCUGGUUAAACUGGUCCCAUUUGGGUGUUGAUGAUAGCACCAAAAUAAAUAACAUAACAAAACUCGUUCAAAUCGAGAAAGAACUCCACCGAGAUGUGAUCUCAGAGACCAGACAAAAAUUAAAAAUCAUGCAGGGACAAGUCGAUAAACUUAAAGAGGAAACUGAAGAACUUAGCAGAUGUUUAUCGGUGGACAUCACCAUAUUGGAUUUCAAAGAGGAAAUGAUGCUCGUUGAAUAUAAGAGAGAGUUAGAGGAACAAAUCUCUGGUUAUAGAGAACAAGUUGAACAACGUCGUAUGAAGAUGGAACGGCUUUUAGAAUGGCAGAGAGACCUUGUAGACAAGCUGGGCGUUACAAUCCAUGAGCUUCAAGAAAUACCACUCCCCUCUGAAGAAGAGCUUGAUAGAUUAAAGGAUCAUCUGGAGAAAUUGCAAGCUGAAAGAGAUAAGAGAGCGGAGAUAUUCUUAAAUGUUCAAGUUGAAGUCAAAGAUAUUAUGGAAAAACUACAAAUAAAGCCACAUAAUAAGUUUGAACAUAUAGUAACUUCAUCUUUAUCAGUGGAUUUUAAAGUAACAGAUCUAAACAUGGAUCGCCUCGCCAAACUUCAACAAGAUUUGCAGGAGAAAUUUGAGCAGACUAAUAACAGGGUGCUGGAGCUUCGUGAAAAACUAUCCAAGUUGUGGGAUUGUCUUGAUGAAGAUCAGAUAUACAGAGAGAACUUCCUUCAUGCUCAUCCUGGCUGUCACCCUCAGACUGAAUCUGCUAUCAAAGAGGAGAUCAAGAGAUGUGAACAGAUCAAACGGCAGAAAAUUCAGGUGUUUGUGGCGAAUGUACGUACGAAGAUCAAGUUGAUGUGGGACAAUGUGAUGUACUCGACAGAUGAGCGUGAGGAGUUUGUGCAUUACUACCAGGAUAUUUUCACUGAGGACACCCUCACUCUACACGAAUUAUAUCUUGAAAAGAUAACUAAAUUUUACAAUGAAAAUAAGAAUAUAUUUGAUUUGGUGCUGACACGCAAGAAUCUGUGGCUGAAGAUGACAGAGUUAGAGGCGAGAGCUUCCGAGCCUGGCCGCUACCACAACCGAGGUGGACAACUGCUACGAGAAGAGAAAGAAAGAAAAGCUAUUGCUAGCAAUCUUCCCAAAAUAGAAGCACAGUUAAGGGAAUUGGUAUCUGAGUACGAAGCCAAGACAGGAUCUACCUUUACUGUUGAUGGUAAACCCCUGUUGCAACUAAUGGAAGACGAGUGGGAAGCUCGAAAGGCGGAGCGGCACAACAAGCUGUCGGCCCGCAAGCAGGCGCUGACGCCCACCACGCCGCUGCUGCGCUCGCUGGCCACGUCGCCGCUCGGCAAGCGGAACCGCACCGCCGCCGGCCUCGCGCACACCGCCGACAGAAACAAGCCUCCGACGAAGAGGCAGCUCAUCACGGGCAGCGCCACGAAAGCGGUCACCACGUUCACCAACAACCUGUCUGCCUUCAAAAGAUCUGCUAUUACAACUGUCAAGAGGCGUAUCAGUGGUCGUUUGGCGGCCAGAGCGGUAGUCGAGGGUAAGGGUGACCAUGCCAAGAGGAAGCUCGACUAUGGAAACGAAGGGAAGAAAACACCAAAAGUCAACGGCAGUAUUUUAAAACAUAAGCGUACCUCUCACGGUAAGCGUCGGAGCAGCAGCCGCAAGUCAAUGAACGCGACGCGCUCAACUGAAGACGAACGAAUCUCGAACAAAGACCCGCUAAUGGAGACCACGCUUCUAACCACUUACACUGAUUUCAAGGACGGUAUAAACGAACGUCAGAUCAGUCGCAGUUCGAUGGCCAAUCCUAAACCGCAGGAAGGCCUCGUGCUACCCACGAUUAUUUGUUCAAAGAUCGAAGAGAACUCUCCGGUCACGCCAAAAAAAACUCCGAGGACGAAAACGCCACUGACCCCUAAAAUAGGCAAAGAGAAUAUACAGCACAUAAUGGCGGUUACGCCCAAGAAUAAUCUAUUGUACACACCCACGCGACUAACGCGGUCGGCUCUUAAACUGAACAAUGACGGUUUCGCGACGCCCCGGGCUCCAUUGAGCGCAACUAAAGUAAACCUACAACGGCAGAACACGGUGACGGGAAUGGCCUUGAAAACCACCCCGAACAACGUCAGCCGAUCUAAAUCUCACUCGCAUUUGGUCAGAGUUAAGAAUCUACCGCCCCUCAUCUGAGGGAACUUGUGUAAAAAUUUAUAGGAUAUAUUUUGACUAUUUUCAUUGCUUUCAUUGCUCACGAUGGGAAUGAUGACAAAAUUCCGAAACUACCCUCAAUUCAGUAUGGUAAGAUAUGUAAUCGAUACGAAAAAGUUACUGCCCACUUAAAUUCAAAUUCAAUUCAAUUUGUAAAAAUUUUUUUUCAAGAGCCAUCAUCAUACUUACUGUGAUCCGAGUACUAUUAAAAAAAUGUGAUAUCAUUCCCAUUCCAUGUGAUUUAACACAAAAAGAGGAUUAAGUUGAAAUAUAAACUAUAGAUAUUGCUUUACCUGAUGUAUGCAAGUAUAAAUCUAUUUAAUUAAUAAUAAAGCUAAUGAUUUUUUCAUGUCUUAACUGUAAAUGUUAUGAGUUUUCUUUGCGGAAACUAAGUUUUUAUUUUUUAUUUAAUACAAUUUGGACAUUUUCAUUAUAGUUUACUUGACAUUCAUAGAUGAGAAAUUUUUUUUUGUUGGAUAUGUUUGGAUUUCUUGUUGUACAUUUGAAUCUCCGUAAUAUCGUUUGUUUUUGAGUGAGUUUUUAAUAUCUGAUUUUAUUAGUUUUAUGUGGUUGUCAUAUUAUUUAGAAAUUUAUUGAUAUAAUGUGUGGAAUAAUGAAGGAUAUUUUUAGUUGACGAAUUUGGAGAUUUGGUUUAUUGGCGUUAUUCAUAGUAAAAAUAUAAUAACACGAGUAUAAAUUUUAUUUUCUUUAAAAUUCCGCUAAGUAAAGGAAAGCAACAAACAGAUAUUUUGAAUGAAUGAAACUGAAUGUAGGUACCGACAAAAUUCACUUUAGCAAUCGGGCAGCUCUAAAAUAUAUCACUCAAGAAGUAUGUACUUAAUUUUUUUUAAUCAGUAUUUGAAUAUAAUUAAUAAUAUUGCAACUCGAAACUUGACAUACUAAUAUUUACAUUUUAUUUUCUAUAAUUUAAUUAGGAUAAUGUACAAUUUAAUAUAAUGAUGUAAAU